AUGGGUCGAAAGAAGAAGCGCACAGCGAAGCCCUGGUGCUGGUACUGCAAUCGUGAGUUUGAAGAUGAGAAAAUUCUAAUUCAGCACCAGAAGGCGAAGCAUUUCAAGUGUCACAUUUGUCAUAAGAAGCUCUUUACUGGGCCAGGACUAGCAAUACAUUGCAUGCAAGUGCACAAAGAAACAAUUGAUAAGAUACCGGCUGCAUUACCGGGCAAAGAUUCUGUGGAAGUUGAAGUGUAUGGCAUGGAAGGCAUUCCGGAAGAUUCUUCAGAGGCGAAUACCAAAAAGGACGCGAAAACUACGAAUACUACAACUGCCAGUGCUAUGCCUCCACCGAUGGCGCCAUUCCCAAUGUUACCACCAGGUAUGCCGCCGAUGAUGCCAGGUUUUCCUCCAAUUCCAGCUGCAAUUCCUCCAUUUGUACCGCCGUUUGUGCCAGGUGCACCACCACCACCAAAUAUUAUGCCACCUAUGCCGGUCGCAUCUGCCGGUAGUGCUCAGCCUUCUCUUACAAGCAUGUCCGUGCCCCCCCAGGUGUCGCUAAGCGGUCCAGUAGCUGUAUCCGCUCUCCCGGGCUUGGUUCCGUUCGGUGCGCAACCUCCCGCUAUGCCAACAGCUUUCCCAGCUUAUAACAAUCAGUCACCUGCUAAACGUGCAAAUCCGGAACCGGUGGAAGAAACACCCAGUCAGAUCCAGAAACUGGGAGCUAAAAUACACAUUAUGCAUCCGGACGAAGAUAUAUCUUUGGUGCGUUACUUUUUUUUUCAUCAACUGUUCCACAAACCGCUGAGCCAAAAUGUGGUCCUAUACAGGCGCUAG